CCAAAACCGAAGAAGCCACUCUGUCCUCAUCUCACUGACUCAUCCACUGAGCAGAGCCACACAAUCCGCUGACUCACUCGACUGGCGCCAUCUGGUUGCCUGUCAUGUCACUGUGUAGGGACGCGCUUUGAUUGCACUCGACAUCUCCACUGCGCUGUGACAAAAGCAGACCGUUGCCCCGGGACAACUUUUGGUCGCAUUUCACAAGCAAAUACGCACAAGCAGCAGCACAAACAGCAGAAGCUCAAGCUCAAGCUCAAGCUCAAGCUCAAAGAAGCACUGCUGCACCCCAUUUUUUUGUGCAAGUGAGAGACCAGAGAAGCACACUCAAAGAGAGCGUCCUACCAAAAACACCAAAAAGUCCAAGACAAGACGGGCAACUAUGGCGUUCCAGCAGUCUCCCCUCCUCAAGUACGAGGCCUCACCCGCCGAAUCCUUCCUCUCCGCUCCCGGCGACAACUUCUCAUCUCUCUUCGCCGACUCCUCAUCAAUACCCUCAACUCUCAACCCCAAGGAGAUGAUGACGCCGGACUCCUUUGCCGACGGGCUCGACUCUCGUCUGUCUGCCAUUCCCGAAUCACCAGAGGCCGACAACGACGACAUCGGCACACCAGCAGACUCCUCCACAUCAGAAAAGAAGCCCGUCAAGAAGAGGAAAUCAUGGGGCCAGGUCCUUCCUGAGCCCAAGACCAACCUCCCUCCUAGAAAACGAGCCAAGACUGAAGAUGAAAAGGAGCAGCGUCGCGUUGAGCGUGUUCUUCGGAACCGACGCGCUGCGCAGUCUUCGCGAGAGAGGAAGAGGCUCGAGGUUGAGGCUCUUGAGAAGCGCAACAAGGAACUAGAGACGCUCCUCCACAACGCCCAAAAGACGAACCUGAUCCUGGUCGAGGAGCUUAACCGCUUCCGACGCAGCUCCGGUGUUGUCACCCGCUCAUCCUCUCCCCUCGACUCUCUCCAAGACAACAUCACACUAUCACAACAACUAUUCGGCUCACAAGAUGGCCAAAACAUCACUACUGAACAGUCCUUGAUGGACCAGAUGAUGCGGUCCGCGGUCAACCCCACCGUGAACCCCGCCUCUCUCUCACCCGCACUCACCCCCAUCCCCGACAAGGAAUUCCCCCAGGAAGACGAGGAGCAAGAUGAGGAAGCUGAGGAGGAGGAGGAGAAGAUUAGCCAACAGACCGUCUCCACUGAUUCGACACAACAUGUUGUGCGACCCGCAGUGUCAAUCGGUGGAGAUGCCCCUGUCCCUGUCUUCUCCCACUCCAGCGCAAACUGCCUUGGCUUGGACCCUGUUCAUCAGGAUGACGUUCCUUUCAGCCUCGGCGCUGCUUUCGGCCUGUCAACGGCCCUUGAUGCAGAUCGCUAUGUCCUCGAAAGCUCACUUCUCGCUUCGCCCGACUCCACAACUCUUGACGACGAUUAUAUGGUUGGUGACUCUGCCACCUGCUUCACGAAUCCUCUCCCCUCCGACUACGACUUCGACAUCAACGACUUCCUCACAGACGACGCAAACCACGCCGCCUAUGACAUUGUGGCAGCGAGCAACUAUGCCGCUGCGGACCACGAGCUCGACCUCGAGAUCCACGACCUUGAGACUCAAAUCUCUUCGGACCAUCCUAUCCAGCAGCCCCAGCUUGGCGCGUCCUCUUCUGGAUGCGACGCUGGAGGCAUUGCGGUUGGUGUCUGAGGGACGCGACGAUCGGGACGGGACCUCGGCCUCCGAGCCUUGUGCGACGCGCGGCGACAGCGAACUGACCCAAUCUCUACGCAGCGUGACUUUGCCGUCUAGGGAAGUCCUCCUCACCCUCCUGUGGGCCCUCAAAGUCGAAGAACGGAGGAUUCGGCAGCGCAAGCAGGCCGCGGCUCUCGAUCCCAAGAGAAGCGCCGCCUCAGCAGACCAACGUCGACGACGUCGGCAACACAACCAUCAAUAUCAGAUUCCGUCGUUUUCAAAGUAGUUGGUGUUUCUGGAAUUCCUUGUUUACUUUUUCAAAUGGGUUGGACAGACGGGAUUAGCCGCACAAGGGUGGGCUAGGUCUAUGUAAGGUUAUAUGGCGCAAAGCGAGAUGGACUUCACGGCUCGAAACAAAAAGCCGUUUAUGAAGCCUUUAUUUUUUUUUUUUAAUCCACUACGAUACCUUGUAGUCUAGAUAGCAACAUACAAUAUUACUGUUGCCGCUA